UUUACAGGUUAAAUUAGAUGCAAAUCAAACAGAAUGAAUACAAAUUAUUGUAUAAAUAAACACCUGUCAAAUUCCGCUUCCUCCAGGCGCAUUUUUAGUUUUUAAGCCAACUUAGUGUAACGCCGGUGAGCUAAUGCUAACGUUAGCUAGCGUUAGGCGCCGAGUCAGGUGCAAAAUGUCGGCUUCAGUCUAGCUAGCUAACGUUACGCUUUUAGGCUUUCAGCAAAAUCAUUUAACGUUUUCUUGCAGUGUGUGUUUUUAAGACUUUGGUGUGGAUUGACGAACCCACGCACGAUGCUGAAGAUAUCAAUUUUGAAAGUCGAGAACCCGUCCUGCCUCUGGGGUCGGGUUGUUCGGGGUCACGGCGGUGAUGCAGAGACCAAAGAACAGUACAACAAUCUGCUGGCUCAGAUGAACCUCUUCUACCAUGACGUCACUCAGGACCUGCGCAAGCUGAAGCCCACGUUGUUAGAGGAGGGACAGGUGUGUGUGGUGUACUGGUCAGUGAUGAAGUCGUGGUGUCGGGCUGUGGUGGAGUCGAUCAUUGUGGACUCGGUGUCCUGCCAGGCUCGCUGCCUGCUGGUCGACCACGGAGAACAACUCAUUGUCCCCUCAGAUCAGAUCCGAGUCGCUGUGCAGAACUUCCUCCAGCUGCCCUUCUGGGUGAGGAGGUUCCACCUGGCGGGAAUCAAACCAACAACCCUGCGUGUGUCUCUCUAUGAGGAGAAGGCAGAGCUCAUUUCGUCCACUCAGUGGGACAGCUCUGCUACACUCUACCUGCACAACCUGCUGCAAGCGUCGACCCGGACGGAGGCCGUGUUGCUUGAAUCCGAGUCAGACUCCACCUCUGUUGAGCUUUAUCUGACCGUAGGGAACAUCAAGAUCUGUGUGAAUGACGAUCUGGUGGCCAAGAAGUUUGCGUAUUACAUCAGAGAGUCAGCUGAUGGCGGCGGGCUGGACGAGGUGGACCAAUUUCCCGUCAUGUUGUCCUCCAGCAUCUUAACCCAGACUGUCUGCGCGACCUCAAACAAGCCGACGGCACAAACCCAACCACCUCCUGUGAUGUCAGAAGGUCUGGCUGCAGCCGGAGCAGGUGAUUGGCUGACAGCUUCCUUUACACCUCAGAGCCAACAACAUAAGCUGAAGACGUCUGAGGAAGGCGGCAGGUCAAAGGUCACAGGAGAACAACUGUCUCCAGGCAUCCAAUCAAAGAAGGUCUCAGACACUGCUGCUGCAGAGAGUGACUCAUCAGAGGACACAGACUCGUCUCUGGCUGCAGCUCUGACCAAAAACCUCAGUCUGUUCAGGUUCCUGAAGUUUCUGAAUCCUGGCAGCAGCUACCAGCAGGUGGCUCCCAGUGUUAGUCAGCAUGAAGAGCUAAAAGACUGUCGACCUGAAGAGACGACUGCAGCCUCCAGCACCUGCACAGGACAGGAAGUGUAUGCUGCAAGCACACCUUCAACGAUUCAUGGAAAAAGUGGAGCUGAAGGUCUUCAUGAGAGCAGUGAGGUUGAACAUCUGGCAGAUGAAGAAACGAGUUCGAGUAGAUCAGUGGAGUCAGGACCAGCAGAGAAGAUGUGGAGGAGUGAAGAGGACUGGGCCUGUUCACGCCUUUUGGAGUGGUUGAACCCGGAGCCUCUGAACCCCGAUGCAGACAACGCGGUUGUUCCCAGCGAUCCCAGGAGGACUGGGAUUCUGGUGCACUCUGCACUCCCAGUGGAUUCCUGCACCGGCCUGGAUGAUGCCCCCAUCACCGAUGCUCUCCGCUUGGUCUUGCGGAGGAAGCAGUACAGCGCUCUGUCUCCAGCUGACCGUUACAGCUGGCCAGCUGUGGCUCGAGGAUGCAACACAGUCAUCGUCUCCCACAACGCUGACCAGCCACUCAGCUACCUCGCCCCGCUCCUCACCCACAUCCUGCUCAACUCCAUCUUCACCUCCCUCACCUCCAGCGCAGGGCCCAUAGCCGUGGUUCUGUGUCCAGGCUGGGAGAAGGUCCAGGUGGUGUAUGACCACCUGGAGGAGCUCAAGGUCGCCCCAGCCCUCCACCCUGUCAUCGUGCUGCUGGGCGUCGGCAAAGACGAAGCCAAGGCUGUCAGGAUCCCCAAAAACUGCCUGUUGUUAGUGACCACUCCCUUCAGUUUGGUCCGUCUGCUGUCCUGCCACUGCUUCCUGUUCCUGCGUCUGUACCACCUAGUGCUAGACGAGGCCGACCGGCUCUUUACUCUUGCUCCAGACCAGAUGGCGACCAUCUUGCAGCAUUUCCACAAGGUGACCUCCAGCGAGGAGAAGGCUUCCAGUCCUCAGCAGCUCGUCGCUGUGGCGAAAAGAUGGUCCAGUCACAUGGAGGGUUUGUUAGCCAAUCACAUGCCAUACCCCUGUAUUGUCAUGACUGUCCCUGAGGAAGCUGCUCUCUAUGCUAACGUUCAGCAGAUCAUCCUCAUGACUCUAGAGAACAGUAAGAUCUCAGUACUGUUGGGUGCCUUGGAUUUCAACCCCAAUCUCGGCCAGAAGACUCUGAUCGUAGCCAACUCUGCUCAGGAGGUUGAAGAUGUGUUCAAGGCCGUGAGCAACAAAUCAGUAUUCUGCCUCAAGACCCACGAGGGGUUAACACACCAGUUUGAAUUCGUCAUCCAGCAGUGGAGGAAAGACAUCGGCACUGGCACUCAUGUUAUUCUGGUGACCACCAACGAGUGUCUGAAAUGUCUGGGAAUCAGAGAUGCGACUUGUGUCGUCCACUAUGGCUUCCCCACUUCUCCCAAAGUAUUCGGCAGCCGACUCUUCUGCAUGGCCGAAAACUUCAGAAACAUUUCUGAACAAGUUUCCUCUCAGGAUCAAACAGGGAGCUGCCCUCAUCUCACCAGGUCGGUGCUGCUGAUCUCUGAGAGGAAUGCCUGUCAUGUAGUUGGGGUUCUGCGUUACCUGGUGCGAACCAACUCCCCGCUGCCCCCUGAGCUGCUGUCCUUUGCCCAGGGCGUCCAUGUGGCCCGGGAGGACCAGAAGACCAACAGGCCUCUCUGUAGCUACCUGAAGAGCUUUGGAGUCUGCAGAGACGGCAGUGUGUGUCCCGACCGUCACAGCCUCAUUUCCCACCUGGAUCAGUCUGUGCUUCCUGCCUCAGGAGUCAUAGAAGUCGUGCCUCUCUACAUUAAGACGGCAUCAGUGUUCUACGGUCGUAUCGUCAGGAAGGAGGACGGAGGUUUCAUGAGCAUGGCGUCUGAGAUGAAUUCUUUCUUUGCUGACAAGAAACCUGGAGCCAAGGAGGUGCUGGAGGGAGGCUUAUACGCCGUGCAGGAGGACGAGGUCUUCCACAGGGUGAAGAUCCUGUCUGUCCCAGACAGAGUUGACCGGCUGUUUUUCAGCGUCUUCGUUCGGUUUAUUGAUGUGGGAAAGGAGGAAGAGGUCAAAUCCCAUCAGCUCCUCCAGCUCCCGGAGCAGUUUCACUCUCUGCCCGGCCAGGCCGUGGAGAUCAUCGUCUGCCGGGUCAAACCAGUCGACGCAGAGACCGACUGGCACCCCAAGGUCACCAGAGCGAUCAGCCAGAAGAUCCGAGGUCUGCAGCACCGAGCCAGAGCAGUUUUCAGUCUGGGAAACACCGUUUUUGUUGAUCCCAUGGUCCGUGUGACCCAGAUGCCAGGUAUGAAAACUGUGAUCAAUGAAUACAGCUUACAGUCAGAGAUCCUGAACACUGGCAUGGGAGUCAGCAACCCGGAGCAUCUGGACCUGCUGAAGGCGCUCUGCCAGGAGACCAAGACCAGCAGCGGCAAGGAGGCGGGUCAUAUUUCUGGGUCAGGGGAUGGUCCGGCGUCUCUGGAGGUCAGGAUCAAAGCUGAGGAGGAAGUUCUGGCUGAAGUCUUCAGGGCAGCUGAGGUCAGUAGGCUCGCUGACCCUCCUCCUCUCAAACCAUGUGAGCCACUUAGUCCAGUAUCUUCAAUGAUCCAGUCCCUGGUCCCAGCACCACCAGUACCACCAGCAGCUGAACCCCACCGGGUUCCAGUGUGUGAUCAGAAAUCCCUGUUGGCCAGCCAGGCAGCUAUUGGACAGAAAAACACCCACACUGCUGAUCUGAAGUCAGCUGAGCAGAUGAUGAGGAACGGAGAUGGAGCAGAACUUCCCACGACCAGCCAGAAUGCCUGGCUCAACCCCUGUGAAAAUGGUGUACCUGCAGGUGACACUCAAAGCAACAGCCAGCAGGUCAUCAGCGCUAAUGAGACCGACUGCUAUGACUCCAGCAAAAGUUUCCACCCUCAGGUCCGCUGGUAUCAGAGAUCCGACACUGUGAUUGUAACGGUGAAGCUGAUGAACCCGGAGCGUCAGCGCUGUGAUUUCUACCCUGACAGAGUCGUUUACAGUGGCAGUGCGAACGGUCGGACCUACAGAGCCGACCUGGAGCUUCACGCCAACAUCGCUGCUGACCGCUGCUGCUGGGAAAUGAAGUCCAAUGAGCCGGUCCUCAAACUGGUUAAACAACAGCAGGGAUGCUGGGAAAGACUCCUCAGGAGCAAGAAUAUUUUUGUGAGUUACGACAUGGAGCACUUUGAAGAGAAUGAAGACAGCACCCCAAAUGGUCUGUGGUUUGUGGAGAACACAGGAGAGGAUAACCAGUAUGUGAACUCGGAGAGCGGCAGCGAGAGUGACUGAAGAUUAAGGACAAACGCUAAGAAACAAAAAACACCUCAUCUUGUCUUUCCCUGACACUCCCGUCAUCUGUUAUUAUCAGGAUCACAAAAAUACCGCCAUCUGUUGUAUUGGUGCUGUGACCUUUGACCUCCUUAAUAUAUAAUAUAUAUAUAAUAUACAAAACUUGUACAGUUAGGGAUGUGGGAAUAGAAACUUCUGCAGUGAAUUUAGUGAACUAUUCAGGACCUCGAGAUUUAAACUUGUAGGUUAAAAGUGUCUGCU